CAGAUCCGAGGGACACAUCAUUUGCCGGGAGCCGACACAGACUGGCUUUUGACAGGAAACCGAGUUCAAAGUGGACAUUAUCAAACCAGUGAUCACAAUGGUAGAGGGGUUGUCCCUCACAUUGAUCCCUUAGGUCACAGAAUGUUAAGUGCUGGCAAAGGAAAAAAUAAGUUCCCUUGGGAAAACCAAGUCCCUGGAGUCACUGAUAUGUUUCCAGGAACUCACAACGCAGAUCAGCUGUCUUCCGUGUUCGAUGUGCAUCAUACGCCGAUUGUGAAAACCCCAACGGCAAAGGUCAGAAAUUCUUCUGCCAAGCAGGCAUCUGCCACAUUCAGCAUGCAAAAGGAGCCCUUGCCUGCAUUCACUGGUAAUGAUGAUGCUCCAGUUCCACUCAAAGCUUCACUUGUG